GCGCAGCAAAGAGCGAAAACUGGCGGGACACAGCUGUGAUUGUGAGAAGAGAGUGAGCCGUGAAGAGUUGACGUUUUUAAUAUUAAAUUAAAGCCGGCGGCCACAAUUUAAUUCAUUAAACCUCACCAUCACUGCGUAACUAAUUCCACGUUUUUCUCACAUCAUCAGUGAAUAUAUUCUUCCACGAUCAGCAUGGGGAAAAGCAGCAAGAAGUGCAAAGAAAAUCGUCAACAGCGAAAGGAGGAAAUUGCUAAGAUUGCCAAAACCCAAGGCAUUUUAAACGCAGCUAAAAAACAAGAUGACCCCAUGGCAAAUUUGCAGCCCUUCAGCAAAUUCAGUAAGGAUGGUCUGGACGUGACCAUUUCUUUCUCUAAAGUCGACGAUCUUGAUGAAAUCGCAAAGGAGAAGGUUUUAGAUUUAAUGAGAACUAACAUGAAAGAAACUUACGAGUCAUGUGAUUGGGGAUGGAACGAAAAGGAAAAGUACGAUGAACUUUUUGAUGAGGAUGCUAGGUACAUUUUGGCCAAAGGUGAUGAUGGAUCGCUUGUUGCUUUUUCUCACUUCAGAUUUGAUUUUGACGAGGGAAGACCAGUGCUUUAUUGUUACGAGCUGCAGCUGAGUGAGACUGCUCGACGCAAAGGCCUUGGUCGACGUAUGAUGCAAAUUUUGGAAAUGUUUGCUUGGCAAGCCAAUAUGGAACGAGUUGUGCUGACCAUUCUGAAAAACAACCCUGGCGCCAAGUCAUUCUUUUUGUCUAUGAAGUAUGAGCUGGACGAGACAAAUCCUGAAGAUGAUGACGAAGAAACAUUUUGCUACGAGAUUCUAAGCAAGCAAAGGAAAAUUAAAACCGUUGAAUAGCACUGAAAUGGGCCAGAAUUAAAAAUCUCCCCACAGACUCCCAAGACUCAAUAGGUUUAAGGUGAAUUUUGUUGUUCAAAAAUGUUCUCAGAGGUGAAUUAAAAAUAAUUCUCAUAAUAAAA